CAGAGAACUCCAAAUACAUAACGAAGAACUCAACGCCAACACCCAAACCACACAGAAACUUGAUACAUAGAGAAUCUGAAACAGAGAGCAUUGUCUGAGGUCAUCGUAGACGGUCGGAUGUGAUGCAGAAGUAGUUGUCAUAUGGUUUAAAUAUUGUUGAUGAAGAGGGACUUCAACAGGUUAUAUUUGAUAGAUAAACUACUGUUACAGAAUAUGAAAGUGGAAGAGGUGAAUCAAUGUCAGAUUCAAGAGUGGUAUCCAAAGUUAAAUAUAUGCCCUAUGUCUAGACUCAAUUUCAAGGUCCAAAUUCAUGCACACAGAAACAAACAUAGGCAACAAUGUUAUCUCAAAAUCUAUGCUCUAUGUUUAGACUCGCAAUUUCAAGGUCCAAAUUCAUGCACACAGCAACAAACAUAGGCAACAAUGUUAUCUCGAAAUCACAUCUUUUGGCCCCGGAGACCCAAGAUUCUCUCACAACCCAUUUGGAAUAUUUGUUCCGGGCUUGUUCAGAUGCUUCUUUGCUUCAACAAGUUAGACAAGUCCACACUCAAGUCGUUGUUGGUGGUAUGAAUGAUAUUUGCUCACUGAGUUCCAGAAUUUUGGGCCUGUAUGUUCUUUGUGUUAGAAUCAAGGAUGCAGGAAACUUGUUCUUCAGGCUUGAACUGUGCCACGCUCUUCCCUGGAAUUGGAUGAUAAGAGGGCUUUACAUGUUGGAGUGGUUUGAUUUUGCUUUGUUGUUUUACUUCAAGAUGUUGGGUAGUAAAGUUUCACCUGACAAAUACACAUUCCCUUAUGUGAUUAAAGCUUGUGGUGGUUUGAAUAAUGUGCCGUUGUGUAUGGUGAUUCAUAACAUGGCUCGAUUGAUGGGAUUUCAUGUGGACUUGUUUGUCGGUAGUGCUUUGAUCAAGUUGUAUGCAGACAAUGGUUAUAUUCAUGAUGCACGACUUGUGUUUGAUGAAUUGCCCCAGAGAGACACCAUUUUGUGGAAUGUGAUGCUUCAUGGUUAUGUGAAAAUUGGAGAUUUUGAAAAUGCAAUAGGGACUUUUCGUGACAUGAGGACCUCUUAUAGUAGGCCUAAUUCAGUGACAUAUACUUGUAUUUUGUCUAUAUGUGCUAUGAAAGGGAAAUUUUGUGUUGGUACUCAGCUUCAUGGUCUUGUUAUUGGUAGUGGAUUUGAGUUUGAUCCUCAGGUAGCAAAUACACUUGUUGCCAUGUAUUCAAAAUGCGGGAACCUUUUAGAUGCUCACAAGUUAUUUAAUACAAUGUCACAAACUGAUAUAGUAAGUUGGAACGGAUUGAUGGCUGGAUAUGUACAAAAUGGAUUUUCAGAUGAGGCUGCACCUUUGUUUAAUGCAAUGAUCUCUGCUGGUGUCAAACCAGAUGCGGUUACUUUUGCAAGUUUCCUUCCUUCUCUCCUUAAAAGUGGGAGUCUUAAACAUUGUAAGGAAGUUCAUGGUUACAUAGUGCGACAUAGGGUGCCUUUUGAUGUCUAUUUGAAGAGUGCUCUUAUUGACAUAUACUUCAAGGGUGGAGAUGUAAAGAUGGCAUUCAAGAUUUUCCAGCUGAAUACUUUGGUUGAUGUUGCGGUUUGCACAGCUAUGAUAUCAGGUUAUGUACUUAAUGGGCUGAAUAGGGAUGCUAUAAACAUUUUCCGGUGGUUAAUUAAAGAAGGAAUGGUUCCUAAUUGCCUAACCAUGGCUAGUGUUCUGCCAGCUUGUGCUGCAAUGGCUGCUAUAAAAUUAGGCAAGGAGUUGCAUUGUGAUAUUCUAAAGAAACGACUAGAGAAUAUAGUUAAUGUGGGAUCUGCCAUAACAGAUAUGUAUGCAAAAUGCGGAAGAGUGGAUCUUGCGUAUGAAUUUUUUAGAAGAAUGUCCCAAAGAGAUAGUGUAUGUUGGAACUCGAUGCUUUCAAGCUUCUCACAGAAUGGAAAACCAGAAAUGGCCAUUGAUCUCUUCCGCCAAAUGGGAAUUAGUGGAGCCAAGUAUGAUACUGUGAGCCUAUCAUCUGCUCUCUCUGCUGCUUCAAAUUUAUCGGCACUCUAUUAUGGGAAAGAGAUGCAUGCCUGUGUUAUAAGAAAUGCAUUUAGUUUUGACACUUUUGUUGCAAGUGCACUGAUAGAUAUGUAUUCUAAAUGUGGAAAACUAGCUUUGGCUAGAUGUGUGUUUGACUUGAUGGACGGGAAGAAUGAAGUGUCAUGGAACAGCAUCAUUGCUGCCUAUGGAAACCAUGGUUUCCCUAGAGAAUGCCUUGACCUAUUCCAUGAGAUGUUAGGAGCUGGGAUUCACCCUGACCAUGUUACUUUUCUUGUCAUACUUUCUGCUUGUGGCCAUGCAGGCUUAGUUGAUGAAGGCAUACACUACUUUCGUCGCAUGACUACAGAAUAUGGUAUCAGUGCUAGGAUGGAGCACUAUGCAUGCAUGGUAGAUUUGUAUGGUCGUGCUGGCCGUUUGCAUGAAGCAUUUGAUACUAUGAAGAGCAUGCCAUUCACUCCAGAUGCUGGUGUUUGGGGGACAUUGCUAGGAGCUUGCCGACUCCAUGGCAAUGUGGACUUGGCUAAACUAGCUUCAAGACAUCUUGUAGACCUGGACCCAAAGAAUUCUGGAUACUAUGUAUUGCUUUCUAAUGUACAUGCGGAUGCUGGUGAAUGGGCAAGUGUUCUUAAAAUUAGAAGUUUAAUGAAGGAGAAAGGAGUUCAGAAGAUACCUGGAUAUAGUUGGAUUGAUGUUAAUGGGGGAACCCAUAUGUUUUCUGCUGCUGAUGGAAAUCACCCAAAAUCUGUUGAGAUCUAUUUGAUUCUGAAGAGUCUCCUUCCUGAGCUGAGAAAACAGGGUUAUAUUCCUCAACCAUACCUUCCAUUGCACCCUCAAAUCAUGGGCAGGCAUUGAAACAAGAAUGAUUGAUUUCUUUCGUAUUCUCAGUAAUAAUCAUAGCAAAUACUUGAUGCAACUCAUCAUUUUAACAUAACUUCUAUCCAAACGUAUGAGUAUGCUUUAAGUUAUCUCUUAAGCAACUUAUUACGUUAGAAUUAUUCUUCGAAGGUAUAUUUCCAAUAGUCUCACCUGAAUCUAGUAUUUACUUGAGAAUUGUACCCACAUGGUUUGUGAGCUUCAUGAUUGGCUAAAUUAUUUCAAUCAUUCUUGUUACUUCUACCUUCCUCUGUAACCCACAUUGAUGACUUGUCGAACAUAAUUCUCCUUCUUCUCUUUUAAUUUUUCUUUUUGUUGAAUUUAUGCACUCCAAUCUAUUGUCCCAUUUACCAUAACAGAAA